AUGGCCUUCCGUGCAUCUUGGGGCAAGCUGCUGGCACCCGCAGCCCUGUGGUGUCUCUCUCGCCAUGGGCCAGCAGUCUCGAAGCUGCCUCUGUCUAUGCAUAUGCCAACAAGAUGCCUUGGCGGCUUGCGGUGUCUCCCGCACUCGAGCCGGGCAGACCUUGAAGAGCGUGGCAUUCUGCAGGAGUCGCCGGCAGACGAACCGUGGACGGUCCGCGUCCCGGAUGAGGAGGGCUUGCUUGGCGAGCUGAGCGCUGUAACUGUGGCCAAAGCUGCUGCAGCGAUUCAAACAGUGGGCUUCGCUGUGCUGCGCGGCGCUUCCGUGCUGCGUUCCGGCGAGCUCUGCGCCGCCCAGGCGGAAGCAGACGAGGCGUUGGAAGAGAUCAAGGCGACGGCUCAAAAUCUCGGACUCGAGCCCCUGGCGCCGUGGGCGACUCCGAAGCCGACGCCCGGAGCCGGAAACUUGUUUCGGUUUCAGGAGGCGUCUUCUUUUUCGAGCGGCCGGCUAGACAUGACGUUGGAGGAUGCCAAGCCAUCUGGACCAUUGGCAACCCGUCAGGACCUCCUCCGUCUGUGUGAGGCCCUCUUCGACACAGACUGCCAGCUGGCCAGCCGUGGCGCUUUCUGGAACUUCCCGGGAUCUGGGCGUGAGCACUGGCACCGGGACGGUUUGAUGCCCUUGCUGACUGUGGUAACCGCGGCUCGGCAAUAUCCUUCCGAUGCAGGAUUCAUGCGUCUGCAGCCCUUCACUCAAACGGGCGCCAUCGACGAAGAUUCGGAGUCCGGCAAGGAGCCGAAGGCAGCCGCUGGCGAGUCCGAGCGUGUCGCUGCAACGUUGCGUCCUGGUGAGCUGCUCCUCUUCCUCUACUCUGCGAAGCAUGCGGCAGUUCCCAACUUCUCCGAAUUCGAUCGGUGUCUGCUUUACUCCGUGUACGGCCCGAAAGGUCCGAGACAGCUUUACGCAGAUGCUUGCAACAAGCGGGGACGGGGAGGGCAGCGCUUGACCAGUUGCCGCCUCUUCGACGGCGUGCUCUUCGGCUUCCGCCCUGACACAGACGAAACGCUAGACCAAGCACAGGCCGACUUCGAAAAGUCCAGAGCUUCCGGUGAUCAGCGGACACAGUCUGCCGCCCUCUUAGCCUACGCGGAUGCAGCAGCCGCGCAGGAGCAAGCCAGCAGCUUGUCGCUCGAUCCGGACGACUCUGCAGUGCGGCUGGCGAGGGAAGCCUUCAACCAGCUGCAGGACAGCGGCGACUCAGAAGGUCAGGCAGCAGCGCUGCAUGUCCUGGCCAAGGCGCAUCUGGCCCGCAGCAGUUUUGCGGAGGCCAUGCAAGCAGCGGAGGAAGCGCUGCAGCGCUUCGAGGCGCUGGGACACGCUACAGGCCAUGCUGCCACACUGAAUGUGCUAGCCCAGUCGCUUCUGCGAGAGGAUCCCGAGGCUGCUCUGAAGCACGCCACCGCGGGUCGUGAUGCCUUUCGACGCCUCGGGGACUCGAGGCGGGCCUCCAUGCUGGAGCGCACUGCUGUUGGGGCUUCCUUAGCCUGUGGUGACACUGCGCACGCAUUGAAAGAUGCAGAGGCAUCCGUAGCCAGUUGUCGCCGAGAUGCCGGAGACCGCCGUGAUGAGGCGGCUGCCCUGGCUCUCCUUGCAGAGGUUCGUCACGCCAGGGAGGAGUUCCAUCUCGUGGUCCCCGUGGCUUCAGAAGCGGCAGAAAUCUUCGCCAGAUGUGGGGACCAGAGGAAUCAGGCAGCUGCCCUGCACUCGGCUGCCUCCGCUGCUUUGGCUGCGGACCGCGCCACGGAUGCACGACGUCUGGCAGCACAGGCGCAGGACGUGCUCCGAUCGCUGUUAGACCGGGCGCGCGAGGUUUCAGCUCGAGGCAUCGUAGUUCAAGCAGAGAUCGCUUUGGGCAACAACGAGCAGGCUCUGGAGAUUGCGUCUGAGGGUCUCUUGGCGAUGCAGCAGCAGGGAGACUAUUUGUCCCUUGCAGAGGCACACAGGCACAUCGCAGCAGCCCAGCUUGCCUCAAGCCUGCCCGAGGAGGCUCGCCAGUCAGCCAUGGCAGCGCGAAACUCCUCCGAACGCUUGCUGGGCACGAGGAAGUGGGAGUGCAAGGCUGACGCCCUCGAGCUGUUGGCUGAGAUUUGCCGCCAGACCAAAGACUUCCAGGCCAUGACGCAAGCAGCCGAGGAGCUUGCCGAGUGCUGUCGUGAAGCUGCGUGGCCUCGGCGUGAGGCGCUGGCACUGCGCACUGUUACGCGUGGCCACUUGGCCAUGCGCAAGCCUCGCAGCGCGCUGGAAGCAGCAGGGCGGGCCAUGACCCUGUUCCGCGAGACCGGCAACAGUUCAGCAGCCGAUGAGAUGCGACUUCUGUUUGCGAGGGCCACGGAGCUUCGAAACAGCAUGCGCGACGCAGCUCGCAACGCGAGACAGGCAUGGCUUCUCUUCCGCGAAAGAGGAGACCCAAGUCUGCUCUUCCAGGCGGCCAAGAAUUGCCACGACGCUCACCACAUGUUUGACGAUGAGAAUGUUCUCAUUCUGGAGAAGGAGAAGGCCGUGAGCGAACCUGCUCGGAGCACAGUCGAGCAUCUGCAAAUUGUCAGCGCUGCGGCGAAGGCAGACAAGGCCAGGCGACGCAGCUUUGAUCCCCGCGGUCCGGAGGAUUCAACUCCUGCCCAUGCUCAGCUCAAGCUUCAUGUUGUACAGCUGGAGGAGGUCGUGAGCCAAGUGCAUGUCUGGACCUCGAAAGUGGAGGCUGAUGUUCUGAGCCUGAACAAGCGGAAGGAGGAGCUGGAGCGCCAAAACGAGGCCCUUGCGCAGCGCCCGGAGCUGGAGAAGCGCGUGAAAGAGUUGCAGGCCGAAGUCCAGCAGCUGCACCAAAGAACGCAGGAGUUGGAGAAAGAGAAGGAGGCCGUGGCCUCGGAGCGCCAGCGCCUGGAAGACCAACUCACCGAGAGCCAAGCAAAUUGCACUCGACUGGAGGAAGAGUGCAGACAGCACGCGGCGGAGAGAGAAAGAAGGGCGGAGCUGGAGAACCAGCAGGCGGAUGUGGCCCGCUCCUUCGCAGAGCUGCAGGCUGUCGUGGCUCAGCUCUUGCCAUGGCUUGGGGAGCUCGACACGCAGCGCAGUCGCCUUCUGGAGGAGAAGGGGCACGCGGAGGCCAUGGCGACCUCCCUUCGCUCUGAGCUGCAGAGAUGGCGCAUGUUGUGGGGCUCUGUGCCGAGCACGGCUGUGAACGACGCAGCUUCACGGCCGUCCUCCGCUGGGCGCAUGGCCCCGCCCGCCCGUGCUAGUCGGCGGGGUCCAGGCAACCAGCGCAGGGCAGCAUCCGCCGCUGGUGAGAAGCGCGGCGAUACCUGGAACCGACGACCGAGCCCUUGUCGACUAAGGCUCUCGCCCGAGCGCCCAGACUGGGCCGUCACGUGGCCGCCGAACAAGGAAGGCGCUGCAACACCAGGUGCGAGUGAGGUGCUUGCAGCCCUCAGUGCCGAGCUGGCCAAAGCAGCUAAGGCAGCACCUCCUGCCGUGGGCAGCGCUGCAGCCUCCGUGCAGAAGCAGUUCGCGCUCCAGCUGCAGGAGCUCCUCGCACCGAUGGCAACCAAGGGCUCAGGUGCCGUUCCCAAGGCCGCAGCAAAGGCGCCAGUGUCCGAGCCUGUGGCAGCGAACGUUGCAGCGCAGCCGUCUUCACCAACAGGCGGCACAGAGUCAGCUCCGGUGCGUGCAGCUUCGUAA